AUGUUACUCUAUGGUGAAAGCGCGGCAGUGGCUUUCUCAACGACCGUGGACGAUGACAGCGCAAGAAUUACCAUCGCCAUCAUUAUCAUUCAGGAGGCUGCCAGCGGAGGGAGUGCAUUUGUGUUGCCAGGUUGUGAUCGCUGCCUUGAAUUCCAGCCCCCGCGUCUUGCAAAACGACGCCGAUGGCAGCCGCAGAAGCCACUGACAGGGACUUCGCGGCCCCGCCGCCACAUCGUGCACCGCUUCUUGGCCGCAGUCCCGGCGGGAGCGGCGCCUGUGGUCCCGGCGUACGUGCCGCCUGCGCAGGUCUACGAGGACGACGAGGACGAGGUCGAGGAGGUCAUGAAGCCCCACAGGGUCUCGACUCAGGGCACCACCUUAUCCACCCUGGGUAUUAUCCUCACCGUGGCACUGGUCGUGACCAUACUGUCCGCGGUGGUAAGCUUCUACGUUUUCGGCCUGGGCACGAAAUCGGUCGCGCGGACGGCCCCCCUCCACGAUUCGGAGACACUAGCGCCGCCAGCGCCGCCAGCCGUGCACUCCACGAAUGCGACGCAGCCGACGACUGCGCCCCAGGCGCUCACCCUUGACGGCGACGGGGAAACGAGCACCGACGAGCAGCCGUCAUCGCCCACGGACACUGCGUGA